GCGUGUUGACAUGCGAAAAGUUCGGUCCGCGACGGGCGACCCCAGCGCUUCUUAGCCGUUAUCGUUAUCGCUACCGUUACCGUUACCGUUAUCCAUCUUAUCCGUUCGAGAGCUGCAGCAAAUCCAGUUCCAAAUUCCAAAUUCCAUAUUCCGAAUCCUAAUUUCAGCGCUUGCUUUUUCUUCGAGUGUACUGCUUGGUGUUUUCAGUGGCAACAAAGUAAUUAAAAGCCCUAACUCUGCCCAUAAAGCUGAGAAGUUUUCCGCUUUUCAUGUGUGUGCGGGCCGGCAUUUCGAGUUUGGCGCGUAAAUAACUUCGCAUCGUUUAUCAGCUGGCCGAAAAAAAAGGAGAAAAGGAAAAUAAAAAAAGGAUAUACCAUUGUUUACCUUCGAACCUCUGAACAUUCUUCUGUUCUCCGCUUUGCCAAAAACGACGACGACUACGACUGAGCACCCAGUGAAUAAUAACAAUAAUAAUAGUAGCCGUAAAAUAAUAAUAACCAUAACCGUCGCCCAAAUUAAUACUUCGGCAAAAGUACAACGAUCGGAAAACAAACAUAUAUUCACAAAAGAAAUAUAUAGUUGAGUAAAAGCAGCGGCAUGUCGGUCGAUUUGAGUGGACAGCAGGAGCCGACCAUAUCGGUGAUAACCACAGUGCCAGUGGCCCAAAACGGUGGCGAAAUGGACGCCCUGCUGCUCGGGAGGAUUGGGGAACUGGUGGCCAUUUCUCCGGAGCGCCGCAACUGGCGCGGCAUCUUCAUCGCCCUGCUGGUCAUUGCAGCCGUCUUCAGCCUGAUCAUCUUCUCGAUCUUCCUGCUGUCGCCGGAGGACGAGGGCCUGCGGAUCCGGGGUCGCCGGAUGCUGCCCAGCGACAUCCUGGGCAGGAGCCUCCAGUGGAAGCCCUUCAACGGCACCUGGAGCAAUGGUCGCGAGCUCAUCUAUCGCGAUCCCACCGGCGGCCUUUCCAUUCUCAAUAUGGCCGAUCUCACCACACGCAUUCUUAUGACCAAUUCAACAUUUCGCCAAUUGAAUGCGGAAUCAUUUCUCGUGGCCCCUGACCAGAAAUACGUGCUCCUCCAGUCGGACUCCAAUGCCGAGGGCUCCAGACAUCACGUGUACGAGGUGCAGACGGCCAACACAUUUCCGCUGGGACCAACGGAGAAUAUAGCGGAGGCGCCUCGCCUCCAGCAUGUGGUGUGGGCACCAGCGAAUCCGCCACCACCACUGGGAGCACCACCACCACCGGCCAGUGGUCCAAGCACCACCACAAUGGCCCCGCUGCCCAGUGGCAGCAUAAUCCUAAACAGCCUGGCCGGGGCAGCCAAUGGACCAAUGGCAUCCUCCGGCUCCUCCGGCGGCCCAAAUCCAAAUGGCAAGUCGGGUGGCUUUCACAUGAACCAGGCCAUCGCCUUUGUGCACCACAACGACAUCUACUACAAGCCCAAGGUGCAGGGCGAACUCGUCUGCCGGAUAACGCAGUCGGGAUCCGCUGCGGGAGAUUCCUCGGGGGUGGUCUUCAAUGGGGUGCCCGAUUGGACGUACGAAAAUGUGCCGGAACUGGACAGCCGGCGCAGCAGCAUGGAGUUCUCGCCCGACGGACUCUAUUUGGCCUUUCUCAGCUACAACGACAGCGAGGUCAACGAGUACAAAUACACCUGGAUGGGCGAUGAUAUCAAGUAUCCGGCGGUGAUGAGCCAGCGCUAUCCGAAGACCGGCGCCCGCAAUCCGAAUGUGACGGUGAACGUGGUGAAUCUGUCGGUGACCAAGUACAUAUUUCCCACGCAGAUCCGCCUGCCCGCCGACCUGGCCAAUGGCAGCUAUGUGGGCGGCCUCACCUGGGCCUCGCCGAGCGACCUUUCGGUGACCGUGACCAACCGGGAGCAGACCAAGGCCACCACGGUGCUCUGCCGGGCGCCGCACUUCCACUGCCAUUCGGUGCACACGGAGGUGACGAUCAACGAUGGCUGGGUGCUGCCGGCGGAGCGCCCGAUCUUCUCGGCCCGCAGCCAGGCGGCAUCCUCCUCCAGGGAGGAGGUGCAUCAUCGGCCGGAGGAGGGUCACCAGAGCCCGAAUGCCACCGGAGGAGUGACGCAGGCGGAGGCGGAGGAGGAGGAGGAGGAGGGGCAGACGCACGAGAUCAGCAACGGGGGCUACCUGCUGAAGCGUCUGCCGGUGCGGGACGGCGAGCAUGGGCACUACCGUCACGUCGUCUUCAUAUCCUCGCUGGACCGACGACCCGUCCCACUGACCAUGGGCCGAUUCGAGGUCACCGAAAUCGUCGGCUGGGACGAGCCGCACGAGAUUGUCUACUUCAUGGCCGCGCCGGAGAAGCGACCGGGCGAACGGCAUCUGUACAAGAUCGGCCUGAAGCUGAACGUGACCGAAUCGAAUCGCACAUACAUCACCUCCACGCCGCCCACCUGUCUCACGUGCGACAACACGGAGUCCACCUACCGGCUGCACAGGGCGAGGAUCUCGCAGCGGGGCGAUCGAUGGGAGGAUAUUGUGGCCCGUUUGGAGCCAGACGAUUGCCUCUAUGAUAUACCAAAGAAUUGCCUAUACAAUCGGGUGCAGUUCAGCCAGGACUACAGCUACUAUGUGCAGGAGUGCCUGGGGCCGGAGGCACCGUCCGUUUAUCUCGUGGAGACGGCCAGCAAUGACAAGAUCUAUGUGCUGAAUGCCGGCGAUGUGCUGCGCCAUCGACUCUCCCAACUGGCCAUUCCGCAGUCGCGCACCUUCAGUGUGGAGAUCCGACAUGGAUUCCAUGCCCAGGUGCGACUCUUCCUGCCGCCCGGAAUGCGCGAGGAGGAGGACGUGGCCUUUCCGCUGGUGCUCCACGUCGACGCCUCGCCGGGAUCGCAGUUGGUAACGGAGCGCUUUCACGUGGACUGGAACUGGUACUUGGCCAGCCAGCGCAGCUUCAUUGUGGCCCAGAUCGAUGGGCGUGGCAGCGGCUUCCAGGGGGAGCUGCUCCGCACCCAGGUGCAUGGAAAGCUGGGCACCGUCGAGGUGGAGGAUCAACUGGGCGUCCUCACAUACCUGCGCGACAACCUGAAGUUUAUCGAUCCCCUGAGGAUCUGCGCCUUUGGCUGGGGCUACGGGGGCUACGCCUCCUCCAUGAUGCUCAUCGACGAUUCCCAACAGGUCCUCCAGUGCGCGGUGGCCAUCAAUCCCAUUGUCAACUUUGGAUUCCACUAUUCCUUCUUCACGGAGCGCUACAUUCCGCUGAAGGGCGACUAUCUGCGUGCCCUCCAGGAGGCAGAUCUCACGAUGAAGGCGGGCAACAUCAAGGGGCGCAACCUGAUGCUGAUGCACGGCACCGCCGACACUUUGGUCCACCAGGAGCACACUUUAAUGCUGGUGCGGGCGCUGGUGGAGCAGCAGGUGAAGUUCCGGCACCAGGUCUAUCCCGACGAGGACCAUGGGAUCGCCAGGUCGCUGAGCCAUGUCUACAAGACGAUGGAGUGGUACUUCGAUGAGUGCUUCGGCCCCGUCGACGACAACGAGUGGGACCCCACGGGUCUGUUCGUGUUCAAGCAAUAAUUAAGACCCCCCUACGAUCCUUACGACGAGGAUCCGCUGGCCAAUCAGCUCAGCGACAUUGACGUCAUCGUGGAUGCGGAUGCGGCCGCGGAUGGAUCUGCGGAUGUGGAGGGCGGAGGCAGAGGCAGCGGCAGAGGCAGAGAUCCUGCCGGCAGCAAUCUGUCCACCCUGUUGACCGCCACCACGACGACCGCCUCGCUGUCGGCGCUCGACGAGCUGGACAACCGGCUGCAGUCGCUGGACCUGAUCACCUCCUCGACGGCCACCACCCUCAGCAAGGUCGCCGGCAAGCUGUGCAACUACAGCAGCAAGCGGCGGCUCCACCAGUCGGAGGCCGUGCUCGCCCAGAAGUCGCGCAUCCUUCAGCACUAGGGGAUUUCGGAUUUCGGAUUUAGGACUCUGGAUUUCGGACUCCGAACUCCGAACUUCAAACUCCGAAUUGAAUCCUCCUCCUUAGGGUUCUCUCGAUUUUCCACUAGAGAAUUUCGGAUUUAGGACUCCUGAUUUCGGAGUCCGAAC